UUACGGGGCUCUCGCCUGUAAGUGGCGCCACCUGGCCGGCGUGAACUUACCUACGCGAACUACGUCGCCGUUGAUUGAACCCGCGAGGGAGAUCAGCUGAUCGCCACGUUUACGUGAGAGAAUCAGCUGUGCGCAACCAUGGACGAGCUGGCGAGCGAGGAUCUCGAGAUACCGCCUGUCAAAUACGAAUAUUUGGAUCACACCGCGGACGUGCAAUUGCACGCCUGGGGCGAGACCCUGGACGAGGCUUUCGAGCAGUGCGCGAUGGCCAUGUUCGGGUACAUGACGGACCUCGAACGCGUGCAGAUGACGCAGGUGCAUCACAUCGAGGCAGACGGUCACGACAUGGAGAGCCUGCUCUUCCACUUUCUCGACGAGCUGCUCUUCAUGUUCAGCGCCGAGCCGUACAUAGUCGCCAAGAAAGUCAAGAUCACCGAGUUCGAUCGGCAGGGGUUUAGGAUCAAGGCGACCGCCUACGGCGAGGAGUUCACCAUUGGCAAACACACGCAGGGGGCGGAGGUAAAGGCCAUCACGUACUCGGCGAUGCAGAUCAACGAACGCCCGCGGGUGGACCGGCCCGAGAUCUUCGUGAUCGUUGAUAUAUGAUGUAACCCCCGUCCCCCGAUCGCGAUGCGCUCGUACCCUAACGAUAUUUCGCCGCGCAACUUUCUGACAACCGUGGAGGGGGGGGGGGAAGAAUAGCAAGAAAAAGGGGGAUGCCUUGGCGCGAGCAGGAGGGGUUGGAGAAAAAAGUAGGAGGAGGCGGCCGAAGGGCAAGAAGGGAACCGUAUGCCUCCCCUACGGUCUACAUAGGCUGCGAUCCUUUUGUACUUGCCCCCGUAGGGUUCAAAUAAAUACGUUACGAAGAAUGCACCGGGCCCCCCUUCUUCUUGGCUCGACUUGACUCAGGCGUGUACCAAGGUUACCCGGUUUCCUGGGAAAAGUCCGCGUAAAGCGAUCUACUUGGUCCUCGGACGGUCGUUUGUAACGAGAAUGCGUUAUCGUGGAUUAUAUAUUUUUUUUACUCAGCCUUGCUAGUUGACGGACAAGCGUGAUUGGAUACAGCAGCGCCCUUCUUCGGGGUAGCUGUUCUCCCUCAGGGUUGUUUUCUCACCGCAGGUAUCGUGCGAGAAAAGUGUAGAGGAUGAUAUCGCAGCGUGAUUUGAUUCCUCGCGUUAUUAAAAGACCAUUCGAGCUAGUUCAAAGUUCAUUAAUGUUUGCAAUACAUAUUUCCGACUUAUGCUUACCGUAUGUAUGCGCGAUUACGUGUCACUUAUCAGCGGCAAAAUAAAAAUUAAUCAACUUUGAA